AUGAGAGACGAACAUCUGACGCUCCUCGAUAUCAUGGAGAAACAUCUUCCGCAUGCUGAGUUUGCGUUCUUAUCGGCUUGUCAUACUGCUGUAGGCGAUGAGGAGACGCCUGAUGAAAUUGAAAUGAUCCACCUAGCAGCUGGUAUUCAGUUUUCAGGGUUCAAGAGCGUCGUUGGCAUACUUUGGGAGAUCGAUGAUGCUGUCGCGAAACACGUCGUCGAAGCUUCUAUGUCGUAUGGCUGUCGUCUGGUAUAUUCACAUCUUGUUUAUCUGUUAUCCUCUUUCAUUCUGGUGUACAAAUGA